UUAAUUACUUCAAGCAACAAUAAGUCGCUUACUUGUAAUCGCAGGAAGACAGAGGGAGGUCAAGUCUCUGGGAGGAAGAGAAACAGAUUCUGUCUGGGGAACAGGCGUCAGCUCUCAGUUUAGGACUCAUCAAAGGUGGAAAAAUCCUCUGUAGAUGAAUGACGUUACAGCAGGAAAACUUUGGCUGUUUGUUGCUGCUGCUUGAAUGGACACUUAGGAAAAUGUUCCAGCUGCGAUAACGUCUCUGCAGAGAAGAUUUUUUUAACAGUCCCUUAUGGUCCUCACGGAGAAUUGAUUCUUACAGCGGGUAAAGCAAAAAAUAUGAAGUUCCACUGACAAAAUAAUGGACAAACACAGAGGAAAUAUGGAAUGACUGACUGGAGAGGACUUGGAGUCAAACUUGCCAGAAAGGCAAGGGAUAUAAGGAAACAGAGACAAGUGAAAUCAUCUUGGUUCAGGUGCUAUCACUGUGCUAUGAUUCUCCCUGUGGUCAUUUUGUUGGUGCUCCUGUUGCUCUCUGGACCCAAGUGCUCUCUCCAGGGAGACACUCAGGAAAUUGGGAACAUUGAUGAGAUCCUGGAGAGAGAGUUUAUCUACGCGCCAAAACGGCAAAAACGUGCCGUGGUUGACCACAGCGCUUCCCAAACAGACAAAUGUUCUUACACCUUUAUUGUCCCUCAGCAGAAAUACAACGGGGCCAUCUGUGUAAAUUCCAAAGAGCCCGAAGCCCUGCUGGAGAACCGGGUCAAUAAGCAGGAGCUGGAGCUGCUCAACAGUGAGCUACAGAAGCAGCAACGACAGAUUGAAGCGCUGCAGCAGUUGGUAGAGGUAGAUGGGGGUGUGGUCAAUGAAGUCAAGCUACUGCGCAAAGAGAGCCGCAACAUGAACUCCCGAGUUACACAGCUCUACAUGCAGCUGCUGCAUGAGAUUAUCCGCAAACGAGACAAUGCUCUGGAGGUGUCACAGCUGGAGACCCGCAUGCUCAACCAUACAAACGAGAUGGGGAGACUAGCUGCACGCUACCGCGACCUGGAACAUAAGUACCAGCAUCUGUCAGCCCUUGCAACCAACCAGAGUGCUCUGAUGGUGCAGCUUGAGGAGAACUGUAAGAGGGGAGGAUACUUGUACGGUGUGGUGCAGGAGAGGAGCCGUCCUGUCCGCCCACAGCCUCCUGUGAUCCCUCAGCCUCCUCUGCAGAUGCCUGCAGUGUCCCCUGGAGGCUACAGACCCUACCAUCCACCUACCUACAACCGCCACACCAACAACCCCAUGACUAAUGAGAUACAGAGUGACCAGAACUCCAAAGCAUUACCACCUCCACUGCCCACAAUGCCAAGUGCUACAUACAGCUUCACAAAUGAGCCCUCUGGUCCUUUCAAAGACUGUCUAGAGACUCUGGAGGGCAGAUACACCACCAGUGGCAUGUACCUCCUGAAACCAGACAACGGCAACCGACUCAUGCAGGUUUGGUGUGACCAGACACAUGACCCUGGUGGUUGGACUGUCAUUCAGAGACGUCAGGAUGGCUCCGUCAACUUCUUUAGGAACUGGGAGACGUACAAGCAAGGGUUUGGAAACAUUGAUGGUGAAUACUGGUUAGGCCUAGAGAACAUCUACUGGCUGACCAACCAGGCCACCUACAAGCUGCUGGUGACCCUGGAAGACUGGACCGGACGCAAAACCUUUGCAGAGUACGCCAGCUUCCGUGUCGAGUCUGAGGCCAACUUCUAUACGCUGCGAGUGGGCCGAUACCAUGGCAAUGCUGGAGACUCUCUUACCUGGCACAAUGGCAAGCGGUUUACCACACUAGACAGAGACCAUGAUGUCUACACAGGUAACUGUGCUCACUACCAGAAGGGAGGAUGGUGGUAUAAUGCCUGUGCUCAUUCCAACCUGAACGGCGUGUGGUACCGUGGUGGGCAUUACCGCAGCCGUUACCAGGAUGGUGUCUACUGGGCCGAGUUUAGAGGAGGAGCUUAUUCUCUGAAGAAAGUGACCAUGAUGAUACGACCCAACGCAAACACCUUCCAUUAACACUUCAGUCAUUCAGAACUGAACAAAUUUUACUGGACAAACAUUUCCACUAAAGGGAUUCCAUUUCUCCUUGAUUUAAACUACAGCUGUCUUUGCUUUUUUUGGUUGCUUUAUAUUCAUAAUGUAGCUUCAAAUUGCAAAGGCUCAUGCAGUAUCUCAAUAGGAUACAUAUACAGAUUUAUUUUAUUCCUCCCAGAGGUUUUACACAUCUUGUUUGGGCUCAUAAAGCAAGAUUGCACAUAAAUCAACAAAAGCACACACAAACAUACAUUAAAUGGCUCUAAUAUCUUAUCUGUGUCUCUCUGAGACUGUGUCUGAAUUUCUUUGUCUGUUAUGUAUAGAAUAAAAUCCCCAUUGUGUUAAUUAUAUAUAAAUGCAAAAAAUAUAACAAAGGAAUUUAUAUUCAGAGAUCAAAACUGACUGCUGGCAAUAAACUGGUACUUUAGAUUAUUAUUGGUGCUUAUAAUACAUAUAUAUUAUGUAUGUACAGUAUAUUUUGGGAUCGAUUCUACAGGAGAGAAAUCUGGUUAUUUAUUUUGAUACAAUUUUCUAGAAGAUUUCAGUAAAUCUGAUCUGAUUUUUUGGAUUGGACAGUAAUGAGUAAAACAAUGGAUUUAAAUAUUUCUAACCACUUAGUAUGUGAACAAAGUAUUUCAAGUUCAAAUCGUCAAACAAAGUUCAACAGGUCAAAUUUUCUUGGAUCUAAAUAACAGGACUGGACUAUACAGCUACCUGUAACACUAAACACAUUUUGCAUGAUUCUUGAACUAAAUUGCAUAUGUGGAUUGUAAUCAUGCUAUAAUGUUUGAUAGGUCUUUAUAGUGAGAUAAAUGAGAUAUGAAGUCUUUGCUUCCAAUAAUGGUGCAGAAACAGCUCCUUUGAGAUGAUCGAUACAUCCUGAUCAACCAUUGAUGGGACCACUGUUUUUGAAUGAUUGUGAUGGUUUUGGUACUGAAAAUUUAAGCCUUCAAAUAUAGACAGAAUUUACAAAAACAUUUACCUGAAAGAAUAACAAUAAAAUGUGCACAUACAAUUUCAUUGCAGAUUUUCUAGGUAAAAGCAACUACAGUACACUUAAACAUAAACUAAACAGUCCAACUCAGUUUUUGCCUCUACCCACCAAAGGUUUCCUGGUCUGUUGAAAAGAUCAGUCACUGUAUUAGUGUGAAGAUACAGUAUGUACCAGGUACUCUGUGUAUAUAUAUGCUGUUUCGUUAAGAUUAUUUUUAUAGUCUCUAUGUUAUCAAUCUUGCAAUAAACUAUGUACAGUUCUG